CCCGCUUAUUUUAAUGUCAAUCCGACGGCGGAACCAAAGAAGAACAGCAGGUGCUCGACGAACUGGAUUGAAAUCUUGUCUUCUAGGCUUUGUUCCUGGAAAAAGACGCUUGCAUUUGAUUUAAGUUUAAUUAUAAAGUAUUCAAGUAAUUGACACGUUAUAAUUAUGGUGGGAAAGACAAAUAAACUUUACGUUCUGAAGAGAGGAGGUAGAAUGGAGGAGGUUCAUAUAGACAAGAUUACAUCAAGAAUCAAAAAGCUUUGCUAUGGAUUAAAUAUGGAUUUUGUGGAUCCUGUAUCCAUAACAUUAAAAGUCAUUAAUGGAAUAUAUUCCGGGGUAACCACCGUUGAAUUAGACAACUUAGCUGCUGAAACUGCAGCAACAAUGACUACGGAUCACCCAGAUUAUGCCCUGUUAGCUGCACGUUUAGCUAUAUCUAACUUGCACAAAGAAACAAAAAAACACUUUUCAGAUGUAAUGACAGAUUUAUACAACAUUGUAAAUCCACAUACAAAAAAAAGAGCUCCUAUGAUAUCGGAUUUUCACUAUGACAUCAUUAUGAAAAACAAGGAAAGAUUGGAUUCGGCUAUUGUAUAUGACAGAGAUUUUAAAUACAACUACUUCGGCUUCAAAACUUUAGAACGGUCUUAUCUAUUGAAGAUAAAUAAUAAGGUAGCUGAACGACCACAACAUAUGCUGAUGAGAUGUGCUAUUGGUAUUCACGGUGAAGACAUCGAUGCCACUAUAAACACUUAUAAUUUACUGUCGGAAAAAUAUUUCACCCAUGCAAGCCCUACUUUGUUCGCUGCUGCGACACCUCGUCCUCAGUUGUCUUCUUGUUUCCUUGUAGCCAUGAGAGAUGAUAGCAUUGAAGGAAUCUAUGAUACUUUGAAACAGUGUGCUUUAAUAUCGAAAUCUGCUGGUGGUAUUGGAGUUCAUGUUCACUGUAUAAGGGCAAAAGGAUCAUAUAUUGCUGGAACAAAUGGUGUGUCAAACGGACUUGUUCCGAUGCUUAGAGUUUACAACAACACUGCUCGGUACGUCGAUCAGGGUGGUAACAAACGUCCUGGUGCUUUUGCUGUGUACUUAGAACCGUGGCACGCAGACAUAUUCGAAUUUUUAGACUUGAAAAAGAAUACUGGAAAGGAAGAAACACGUGCUAGGGAACUAUUUUACGCUUUGUGGAUACCAGAUUUAUUCAUGAAGAGAGUAGAAAAAAAUGAAGAUUGGAGUCUGAUGUGUCCACAUGACUGUCCUGGCUUAGCCGAUUGUUGGGGAGAGGAAUUCGAAACAUUAUACACAAAAUAUGAACAAGAAAAACGAUUCAUGAAACAAGUAAAAGCUCAAAUUUUGUGGAAGGCCAUUAUUGAGGCACAAGUCGAGACGGGAACCCCAUAUAUGCUGUACAAAGAUGCAUGCAACAGAAAAAGUAAUCAAAAGAACUUGGGAACCAUCAAAUGCAGCAAUUUAUGUACAGAAAUCGUGGAAUAUACAUCAGCAGAUGAAAUAGCAGUAUGUAACCUGGCUUCAAUUGCAUUAAACAUGUUUGUGAAUGAUGAUAAAACAUAUGAUUUUAUGAAAUUAAAAGAAGUUACAAAAACCAUUACCCAAAAUUUGAAUAAAAUUAUAGAUGUCAACUUUUAUCCUGUCCCAGAGGCAAGAAAAUCUAAUAUGAGGCACAGGCCUAUCGGUAUAGGUGUUCAAGGGUUAGCUGAUGCUUUUGUUUUGAUGCGCAUUCCAUACGAAAGUGAAAAAGCCAUUAAGUUAAAUCAACAAAUAUUUGAAACUAUUUACUACGGAGCCUUAGAAGCUAGUUGCGAAUUAGCUGAGAAACAUGGAGUUUAUGAAACCUAUUCAGGAAGUCCUGCCAGCCAAGGCAUAUUACAAUAUGAUAUGUGGGAUAAAACGCCUUCUGACCUUUGGGAUUGGUCGUCACUUAAAGAUAAAAUUGCGAAACAUGGUCUCAGAAAUUCAUUGCUAUUAGCUCCAAUGCCAACAGCAUCUACUGCUCAAAUCCUUGGCAAUAAUGAAUCUUUCGAACCCUUUACAUCCAACAUAUAUCAAAGAAGAGUGUUGUCUGGAGAAUUUCAAGUUGUUAAUCAUCAUUUACUACGUGAUUUAACUGAGGCUGAAUUGUGGGAUGAAGAUAUGAAGAAUUUAAUUAUUCAUAACAAUGGAUCUAUUCAAGAAAUAGAAGCUAUUCCCAAAGACAUUCGAGAUUUAUAUAAAACAGUUUGGGAGAUAUCUGUAAAAACAACAAUUCAGAUGGCUGCAGAUAGAGGUGCAUUCAUCGAUCAGAGUCAGUCAUUUAAUAUACAUGUUGCUAAGCCAAAUUAUGGAAAAUUAACAUCUAUACAUUUUUAUGCAUGGAAAUUGGGGCUCAAAACCGGCAUGUACUAUUUGCGAACGAAACCCGCUGCAAAUGCCAUUCAAUUUACUGUUGACAAAGCUAAAGUUAAGAAUACAGCACAAAAUGGUAAGCCUGAAAUAGAUGAAAAUAUGGCAGCAAUUACUUGCUCCUUGCAAAACAAAGACGAAUGUUUAAGUUGUGGAUCAUAAUUUUGUCGCUUUUACAUGCAUUAGUAACGUAAAUUGAAAUAAGAUUAAAUCACAGUUGGCUAAGUUUUAACGAUAUCAAUUAGUACUAGUAUUUAAGUUUUUGGUCAUUGUGCCACUUUUUAAAAUGGAUCACUAAUAUCUAUCUUGGGAGAGCAAAAGUUACUUGAGGAUCGACUAUAUGAAAACUAUGGGGUGUAAUGGGUCAUCAUCAGGGUGUGAGUUUACAUCAAACGUAUUUGAUAUCGAGUGCGUCAAAAAAUUACAUAUGUAUGACGGAUUGUAGAGCGUCCCUAGCGGAUACUUUCAAAAACUAAAAUCUUCAUAGAUUUUUUGACGCACUCGAUAUCGAAUUCGUUUGAUGUAAACUCACACUAAGCCCCAUGAAUUUGUAAUGUCUCCGAUUCAUUUGCGUUUGAUCUCCAGUCGCGCCCGACUUCCGGUCCAGUUUAAUUUCAGCUUAUAUGCAAUUCGGUAUCGCGGUAAAGUUCACGCGCUAACAAAGACGAAAUAACAAUUUUUUUAAACUAAAAUUACUUAAACAGCAAAUUUUCGUGAAGCGUUUGAGAAAAAGUUACUUUCUGUCAGCUUUUACGUAAAGACGCAGCGGCGCUUAGUUUAUCCUCAUGUUUCAUAUACAGGGUGUUAGGUAAAUGGGUAUAUGAGCCGACACUAGCCCAUGUUAACAUGGGCAUAUAAAUGGUAUGGUGAAGUCAGAAAUUUGAUAUCAUCAUUUUAUUUUUUUUAAUCUCCAUACAAAAUAAAUUUGAUAAAAUCCGAUUUGUAUGAAAAUUAAAAUAAUUAAAAUGAAGAUAUCAAUUUUCUGACUUCAUCAUACCAUUUAUAUGACCAUGUUAACAUGGGCUAAUGUCGGCUCAUAUACCCAUAUACCUAACACCCUGUAUAGUCUAUCCUUUAGUAAAAUAUCUAAUAAUAAUUGAGCGGAGCAGAUUUAAUCGUAAUUUAUAUGUGUUUUGUCAAUGCAGAGAUAUUUUUUCACGAUAGAAGCACCGCGCUGAGGGUAGAUUAUUAUUAAUUAAUGCUAAUAAGGCAAUAGGUCUUCUUCCGUGAAAAUGUCUUCAAUCUUAAUUAUGCUUUAUUAUGUAAAACAAAAUAAAUAUGUCAAUUUUAAAUAAAAAUAAA